CCACCGGCCACAACAGUGGUAGUGGUAACAGGGUAGAAGAGGGAGGAGACGGACGUGCUGGUCCCACCUGGGGGUGUCCAGACUACCACACCAACUGCCGGUCCUGGGCGGCGAUGGGCGAGUGUCAGCGGAACUCAGCUUAUAUGUCGCUCUACUGCAAGCAAUCCUGCAACCUUUGUGCACGUUCAAGCUCACACGCCAGUCCCUCUGGCACCAGCUGCACAGACAACAGCGAGCACUGCUCCUACUGGGCCGGCAUAGGGGAGUGCACCAGGAACGCUGCUUACAUGACGGGAAACUGUCGAAGUUCCUGUGGCCUGUGCUGAGCAGUUUGGAGUUCGAAACUUAUGUUUUGUUUGGUAUUGGUUUUGUUCGUUCGUUUGUUUGUUUGUUUGUUUGUUCGAUUGUUUUUGUUUUAUCGUUUGUUUGUUUUUAACAGAAAAGAACGUCGACAAGGAGUUUGAGUUUUAACCUUUUGUUUUGUUCGUUUCUUUUUUUGUUUGCUUGUUUUUUUUUCCACACGACGCCUUGUAUACUAUGUAUGUGGAAAAUGUCACUCUGAGUCCAGACAAUAUCGAUUGAAAAAAGGACAGACAAAUAAAGUCGGGCAGUUGUUCAGAUGUUCUAAGCCCAAAAGUUUGAAUGAUUUAUUUAAAUUGCAUUUUCUUAAACACCAGGAUAAUACAGGUGCUCGAGGAUUUCAUUUUUCUAAAUUCCAAUUCAAAACUAAAGUUGUAAAAGUGAAAUCAGAGAAAAGAAUCAUAAUCUGCUACAAUUGGUAACAGAAUAAAACUAUAUUUCCUCUCUCUUGAAAAAAUUCUUUCUAAGCUAAGAACAGUUUGAGAAUUUUUCUCAACGGUAGACAUUACGUUGAAUAAAGAACCCUGGCAGAAACGUCUUCCUCUUGAGUACAGGAUGUUCCUAUGUGCCUGGUUAUUGGUGUGGUCAUUGACAAAGAAAGGUAUCUGGCGUCUGUGGUGUAGUGGUUAGGCCCUUCGCCCUCACACACAGGAGACCCGUUUCGAUUCCCAAAGAGAAGUUUUUUAAAGAAGUAUCUGCCUUUCUUCUUCGGUGUUGUAUCCCCUUCAAACCGGGUUGACCCUGAAAGACAGGAUCAGAAGCCUGCUUGCUGAGUUAUGGUUUAAAUUGGGUCGGAGAGGACGUAACAUUAUCGACAUUAAUUAAACAACAAAAAAUGAAUGCUACCAAUUCCCUAUCGCUUUGCUAAUCUUGGAAAAUAGCUUAUAUUAUGUGUUGUAACAUUAUUUUGACUCUUAUUACUUGUUAAUAAUAGAAAUGCAAAUACUCUGUAUUCUUUUGUACUAUUUGACCAAAUCGUUGUAAAGUAAGCGACGAUUACUUUUUCUGUGAAGGCAGAUGCUUGUAAAACAGUUUCAAUAAAAAUCUACCUCCAACUUUAA